AUGUGGGUCUCAACUGUCCCCUACAAAGCCUUCUCACCCAAAACAAUGCCCAAGACAGGAAUCGAAGUUGUGUCGCCACGGCCACAACGUGGAGUACUAACCACUAUACUACUUGGGCCGAAAGCAAUGUGGGUCUCAACUGUCCCCUACAAAGCCUUCUCACCCAAAACAAUGCCCAAGACAGGAAUCGAAGUUGUGUCGCCACGGCCACAACGUGGAGUACUAACCACUAUACUACUUGGGCCGAAAGCGUAG